AUGGCUAUUGCAGUAGAUGAAGUUAGGCGUCUUUUAACAUUUUUAGAACUUUCAUCAUCUAAGAUUGAUGAAACAAUGAAAAAUGAUUCUAUUAGUCAAACUAUUGCUUCCAUUGCUCUUAAAGGAGAAGAAUUUAAUAAAAAUCUUCCAAAAAGUAGUAAAAAAUUAAUUUAUACAUUGGCAACUCAUCUUCAACCUCGUGCAAAAGAAUACCAAGAAUAUUUAAUGAAAUUAAUAUUUGAAGAUAAAAUAUGUAAUGAUGCACAAUUAAAUGCUGCUCUUGAUUAUGUUCAUAAUAAACCAAAAGAAAUUUUUAAAGAGGAUGAAUUUAAUGAAAAAUGUGGUGUUGGUUUGAUUUAUACAAAAGAAAUGAUUCAUGAUGUUGUUACUAAAGUUUUUGAAAAAGUUAAAGAUCAAUUAUUAUUAGAAAGGUAUUCUUAUAAUACUGGAAAAUUAAUGGGACAAAUUAGAAAUGAAUUAAAAUUUGCUGAUGCUAAUGAAAUUAAAAAAUAUAUGGAUAUAAAAAUUUUAGAAUUACUGGGACCUAAAACUGAAGAUGAAUUAAAAGGAAUUAAGAAAAAAAAUAAAGUUGUACAAAACAAUAGUAAUAUCAAUAAAGAUGAAAAAAAAAGUGUGACUAAAGAAAAGGUUGAUGAGGAGGAUUCAUCUGAAAGUAUUGAAGAUUUAAUGAAAACACGUACACAUUUUCAUAAACCAGGAGAAAAUUAUACCACUGAUGGUUAUGUUGUUACACCUAAUACAAUGAAUCUUCUCAAAAAACAUUUAAAAGAGACAGGUGGUAUUGUUCAAACUCGUUUUCCUCCUGAACCAAAUGGUGUAUUACAUAUAGGACAUGCUAAAGCUAUUAAUAUUAAUUUUGGAUAUGCUAAAGCUCAUAAUGGAAAAUGUAAUCUUCGUUUUGAUGAUACAAAUCCUGAGAAAGAGGAAGAAAAAUUUUUCCAUGGUAUUGAAGAUGUUGUUAAAUGGCUUGGUUAUAAACCAGAUAAAAUAACUUAUUCUUCAAGUAACUUUCAACAACUUUUUGAUUGGGCUGUAGUAUUGAUAAAAAAAGAUCUUGCAUAUGUUUGUCAUCAAAAAGUAGAAGAAAUGCGUGGUUUUGAAGUUAAAUUAUCUCCAUAUCGUAAUAGACCAAUUGAGGAAUCACUUCAAUUAUUUUAUGACAUGAAGAAUGGAAAAUUCCCUGAAGGAGCUGCAACUUUAAGAUUAAAAUUAACAUUGGAAGAGGGAAAAGUUGAUCCAGUAGCUUAUCGUAUAAAAUAUGUUCCACACCAUAGAACUGGAAAUAAAUGGUGCAUAUAUCCAACAUAUGACUAUACACAUUGCCUUUGUGAUUCAAUUGAAAAUAUUACACACUCUCUUUGUACUAAAGAAUUUCAAUCAAGAAGAAGUUCAUAUUAUUGGUUAUGUAACGCAUUAGAUAUUUAUUGUCCAGUUCAAUGGGAAUAUGGUAGAUUAAAUGUUGGAUAUACAGUUGUUUCUAAAAGAAAGAUUGCUGCUUUGAUUAAUAACAAGUUGGUUUCAGAUUGGGAUGAUCCUAGACUUUUUACAUUAGCAGGAUUAAGAAGACGAGGUGUUCCACCUGAAGCUAUUAAUAAAUUUGUUGCCAAGUUAGGUCUUACUGGAGCUCAAAUGACAAUUGAUCCUGUUUACCUAGAUGCUGUUGUAAGAGAUUAUUUAAAUAUUAAUGCACCAAGAACUAUGGCAGUAGUUGAACCAUUAAAAGUAACAAUUGAAAACUUUUCUGAUUUAGAUAUAGGAGAAUCAAUAGUUGUGGCAGAUUUUCCAGGUGAUACUUCUAGAAAGGAAUCACAUAGCAUUUCUGUUAGUAAUGUAAUAUUUAUUGAGAAUGGUGAUUUUAAAUUUGAACAAGAAAAAGGUUAUAGAAGACUUACAUCAACACAAAGUGUUGGUCUUAGAUAUCUUGGAUUAGUUCUAACAUUUGUCAAAGAAGUUAGGAAUUCUGUUGGAGAAAUUACUGAAGUUAUUGUUAACGCUACCAAAUUAACAAAUGACAAUAAACCUAAGGCUUUCAUUCAUUGGGUUUCAAAACCAAAAAUUGUUGAAGUUCGUCUUUACAAUAGAUUAUUUAAACACAAGAAUCCUGAAGAUAGUGAACAAGUUCCAAAUGGAUUUUUAAGUGAUUGUGAUCCAGAUUCACUUAUAGUAAUUCAAAACGCAAUGAUUGAUAAUUAUCUAUCACAAGUCAAACCUUAUGAUAAAUUUCAAUUUGAAAGAAUUGGUUUCUUUAGUGUUGAUCCAGAUUCUUCUAAAAAUAAAAUUAUUUUUAACAGAACAGUUGCCUUAAAGGAAGAUGCUGGAAAAAAUUAA